GCGUAAUAUGGGUGACAGUGUUGAAGGGGUUGCGCUUAUUCGUCGUUGCCGCUUCGUUUUCGCCAGCUGCAUUGUGGUGUCUUAGCUUACGAACGUUCGUGUGCAUGCGAAACCGUUAGUCAGCGUCCAGUAUGAGAGUCGUUUGUCGGUUUUUCGGUUUUCGGCGCAACACAAACUAUGUAUUUGAGCCUUAACUAGUUCAGUGCGAGAUGUCGGCAUAACAGAACGUCAAAUAAUCAAACAGCCAGUCAGUGAGUCAGUUAGUCAGUGAGCCAGCAAGACCGCGUUGAAAAGUCCGUGUGACAGUGAGUUGGUGUGUCAGUUGCCGCCGAAAAGCCAAGCCAGUUAAGCUAAGUAGCAGAGUAGCCUGCGUGGCCGAGUCCAAUUAUUGUACCUGUGUAUGAGACGUGCCCCGAUUUGUGAUUUUAUUUCGAAGUGACAAAGUUUUGCUUCACACCCAUUAACUGCGUGUUUUAAGUGAACUCUUAAAAAAACAAAAACGAAAACAAAUAAUAGUAAUCAGCAAGCAAAAUAACAUAGCAAAAAGCAAUACGGUAAUAAUUAAAAUAAUAAAAUAAUUGAAACUAACCGAAAGUAUCAACUAUUAACCAAAACAAUUUAACUAAAAGUUCUUUUAGCGAACUACAUUCGAAACUAAACGCGUAGCGAACAACAACAAUAGUUCUGUUUUUAAUCCUCUCCAACAGUUUUUUGUUAAUCUCGUUGUUGUUGUGAAUAAAUCGAUAAUUGUAUAAUAUCAAAACCACAAAAAGCAAAAAAAAAAAAAAGAAACAAGAAAAAUGUCACCACUAAUGGAACGAACACUGCUGCUCUUGGGCAUCCUUUGCUGUUUACAAGCAACCACUGCGCUGAUGUGUUACGACUGUAAUAGCGCCUACGAUCCCAAUUGCGGUGAUCCGUUCGAACCCUAUACCUUGGGUAAGGUGAACUGCACCCAGCAGGAGGUUAAGGAACAUCUUAAGGACAAAUACACCAAACCUAUGCUCUGCCGUAAGACAACACAAAAGGUUUAUGGCAAGGUGCGCGUGGUGCGCGGUUGCGGCUACAUACCCGAUAAGAGCGAUGAUGGCUUGUGCAUGAAACGCUCCGGCACACAUGACGUGCAGGCAAUCUAUUGUGCGUGCACAUCUGAGCUGUGCAAUCAUGCCGCCUCCACAUUGUAUCAGAACAACAAUCAUCCCAUACUAUCGGCAUUACCCUAUACAUUAGCAGCGUUCUUUGUUUGGUUUGCCACAUUUUCGAGUCAUUUCAAUAUCAAUGCUUUUGGUGCUGUGCAAAUUUCAUAAAUAGUACGAGAUAUACAGAAGCCUACACGCAUAUAUAGUAGAAAUAAAUAAGCAUACAUACAUACAAGCAUACAUGCAUACAUACAUACAUAUGAUAGAUGUGUAUAUGUGUAUUAAGGAAAUGAAGUCGCGACGUUUUCAUUUUACCACUUUAAGUUUGGAAAGUCAUAACAGAGUCAUACACACACACACCCCAGAACACACACAUACACACAUGCAUUGCAUAAUUCAAGCGAAAUAGAGCAAACAAAACGCAAGUAAAAGCAGAAGUUGAUUGGGAAUAAAGAAAGAAAAGGAAAGCGCAACCAACACUUAACGGUUAAAAAUAGCAUGGAACAAAAGCUAACGGAUGUUAAAGCAGUUUAAAGGAGAGCGACGCAGCCUAGCUGAAGUAGCAUGUGUUGCAUAAGCAGACAAAUGAAAUCAGCACACUUGAGAUUGCAUAACCACAUUUAAGCUAAAAUAAAGAAAUAAACUAAAUUAAUAGAAAUUAAUACGAAAAACAGCGAUUUGUUCAACUAAAACCGAAAGCAAGCAUCUUUACUGUAUAUGUUGCCCCUAAAAGUAUGCUAAUAAAAAUAUUUUUCGUUCGAAGACAAUGCAAUUGACAAGGCCGGAAAAAAUUGCUGUUGAAAGCAGGUUAUGUUACAAUUAAGGCAAACCACGCGAAUAAAUGUGCGCGCCAGCGCUGCUGCGUAUGUAUGUGGCUGUUAUUAAACAAUACGCAUACAUAUAUAUGUAUAUACAUAAUUAACUUACUUAUACAAAUAUGUCAUUUAAGUUAUUAGGAAGAUAACAAAAACAAAAACAUUAGAAAAAAAAUCAAAUACAAGGAAAACAAAAACAACUGCCGUCACAUGUCUUGCGAAGAAGUAUUCGAAAUUUUUAAUAAUAGUUUCACAGUGUAUAUAUGUAUGUAUGUAUACUAUAGUGCUAAAUGUAACCAACACAUGCUGACACUAACGACGUACGUCAUAAAUAUCUAACUGCGUAUGAAAGUGUAAAGUGUUAUGUAGUAGUUGCUUUGUAAAAAAAAAUUAAAUAAGAAGAAUUAUAAUUUUUUUUUAAAUACUUCACAUGAAAUUGUGUUUGCAGCGUUAUUGAAGCAGGAUAUGGUGCUUAAGGAGUUAUAUCCACUUGAAAGUAAGAAAAAAAAGAGUUUUUUUUGUGUAUUUUGUUUAGAGAGGCAUUUACUUAAAUAAACUAAUUAACAUUAGUAAUGUACAUUAACGGAAUUUAAUGUACCUUAAUAAGCGGUUAUCAAUUUUGAAAUUUUUUUUUCUCUUGAACCCGUCGUUGAUCUCCAAGAGAACAUCCGAAAAAGCUGUCUGGCGCUGAGGAAGAUUUUGCUGCUUAAAAUUAUCCAAAGUUCAAGAAUCGAAGAAAAAAUAUUAUUACAAUAAAUGAAUGCAGUUAAUGAUGGCAGGAAUGGUGAAAAUUUAGAUUUUUGAAAAAAUUGGUGGUUUCUUUAAAAAUAUAUAUUUUUUUAAACUCACUUCGAAGUGUCUAAAAAAUCGAAAUUAUCAUCAAAAAUCUCAUUACUUCGAUUAUUAUAUAGUAACAUAUAUAAAUAAUAUUUCUUGAAAGGUCAUGUAAUCGACUACAAGUCGGUCGAUCUAGCCGUUUUGGAGAAAUUUUCCGCACCAACUCUGAAAAAGUCUCUUUUGGUGAAAUAAUUUACACUUCAGAGUAGUUUAAAGAUCGAUUAUUUAAUAUAAACAUCUUAUUCCUUCCACCGUUAUAUAGUAAAAUAUAUAAGUAAUAUAUCUUGAAAGGUUAUGUGAGACCACAAAUCGGUCAAUCUCGCCGUUUUAGAGAAAUUUUCCUUACCAACUAUUAAGUAGCAUCUCGCGAAAACGCGUUUAAAGUUUUGGCUGCGAUUAUUACAAAUACGCUCAUAUCUCCUAAACUAUUUUCCAAAUCAAUAAUAAAUUUUCGGAAAAUACCCUCAAAUAUCUGUACCUUCGAUAACUAUGCAAAAAAUUUAUGCAUAAAAAAAGUCGAUUUUUUUCAGAUUCACAAGUGGAUAUAGCCCCUUAAAACCGAGUUGUUUUUGAAAAAUGCAAGAAAAGUGUACGCAAACUUCUUAAAUACUUUAUAAAUAGUGUGUGUUAUAACGUACAGUACUUUCUAUACAACGCCACCACGUUGGAAACACUAAGCUGCCAACCACUGUUGUAUAGUCUUAACAUAACAUUGAGAUGUUACUUUAACAGUUGCAAGUAAAUAAGAAAUACUUAAAAUAACUGCAUAUAAAAUGUAGCUUAGCAAAAAUGCAUUAUGAGUGUUAGUAGCUAACUCGCAAUGCAACACUAGUCUCACUCAUAAGCUACAUAAUCUAACAUUUGUUUUAACAGUAAAAUAAUAUUUUCUUCUAAACACGAUUUUGCUGCAUUAUUGCAAUAGUUAUAGCAACAUAUGUAGUUCAUAUGUAUAUGCCUUAGUUUUUAGCUAUACUUCCAUUAUUUGCAUACUAUAUAACAGUUAAAUACUGUAAUAUUUUGGCAGAAUCACACAGAGUUGGCGUUUACACAUGCAGCUGUAUGUGACACAACUAAAAGGCAGUCCUUAUGGUAAGGCAACAGUAUAAGAACAGUUAAGCGUAAAAAAUUUGUAAAUUUAGCAAAUGUAAUAAAUAAAUCACUUAAAAAAUAUAGGGACUUAAUGAUUUAAAGCAGCUAACUACCAUAUAAAGCCCAAAACACUAGUAUUCAAUCCAAAUACAACGCAUACAACAACAAAUUAUGCAAAUGCAAUUAAUUUAAAUACAUACAAAUGCGCUCCAUACUGCAAAAAACAUAUACACGCUUACAUACUUACACAGUUACAUAUGUGAAGCAUAUAAAGCUAGUGAAAUAAAUCGCCUAACAAAUUAUAUAAAAAAAAUCUGUCAUGCCUACAUAAAUUUACAUAUAAACAUACACGAACUUACACAUACUCAAUAUUUAUAUUAUAUGCAUAAAACCGCAAAUUUUGUCCAGAAAAAAAUUCAAAUAUUAAAAAUAAAAAAUAACUGUCAUAAAGCAAUUAAAAACGUAUAUAAUUUAGUACGCAAGCAACACGCUGCGUAAUGAAAGUGAACAUGAACCUUUAUUAAUUUCCAUAAAGAAGAACAUAAUAUAGUUAAUAUACAUACAUAUGUAUAUGUAUGUAUGUAAUGAGUAUAAGCUUAAUGAAAACAUACUUAUAAACGAAGGUGUAUGAACAAAAUGCUGCGCAUAAUAUUAGUAUUUAUAACGACACUCAUCGAAAAACAACAACACGUACACAACUUAUUAUUACUAUACAGUGAAGCGAAAAAAAAA